AUGGUUUUUACAUUGUAUAGUUUAAUUGAAGCUGGUUUAUUAUGUGUGAAUGCCAUUGCUAUUUUAAAUGAACAAAGAUUUUUAUCAAAAUUGAGUUCUGGUCAGCAGUCAAUACCCGGCUAUGGAGAUGAGCCUGGUCCUAAAAGUCAAGCACUCAAUUUAAUUCGAUCUGUUCGAACUGUUAUGCGAGUACCAUUGAUUGCCUUCAAUAUUAUUACGAUAUUCUUUUUAAUUUUAUUUGAUAAGAAAAACAUGUCAGCUGAAGGACUUAAUUUAGAAAAAGAUGUUGAUCGUGCAAUUUUUUUAUUAGAAAAAUUGCGUACAAAUAGUGAAAUACCAGAACAAAAAUUAUUAGAAUUACAACGUAUAUUACAAAGUGAUUUUUUUCAUGCCGUCUUAGAAGUUUAUGAAAAAAUAUAUGAAACAGUUCAAAUAACUGGAUCACCUGAUGUUCGAGCAAAUGCAACAGCAAAAGCCACCGUUGCCGCAUUUGCAGCAUCUGAAGGACAUUCUCAUCCACGAGUUAUCGAAUUACCUAAAACUCCAGAAGGUCUUGGUUUUAAUGUUAUGGGUGGUCGUGAACAAAAUUCGCCAAUUUAUAUUUCACGUAUAAUUCCCAAUGGUGUUGCUUUCAAACAUGGUGGAUUGAAAAAAGGUGAUCAAUUAUUAUCAGUCAAUGGUGUAUCGGUUGAAAAUGAAUAUCAUGAAAAAGCUGUAGAAUUAUUGAAACAAGCACAAGGCGCGGUAAAAUUAGUUGUCCGCUAUAGUCCACAAGUAUUAAUUGAAAUGGAAAAUCGAUUUGAAAAACAACGUACAGCAAGAAAAAUGAAACCAUAA